CAAUCAGUCAGGGAAAUGCCCCUCGCACGUGAUGACUGACAUUGGCCCUUCAAGCCAGGAAGAGGAAAACGACUGACUGUGAGAGAAUACUAAACGGAAGAAAUACCUUACCUCAAAAUAAACAGAUUUUUCACUUCACUACAAACUGAGUUAUUAAACUUUGGGAAAUGGAUGACACACUCUUCCAGUUAAAGUUCACAGCCAAGCAGCUGGAAAAGCUAGCUAAAAAGGCAGAGAAAGACUCGAAGUCAGAGCAGGCAAAGGUUAAGAAGGCUCUGCAGCAGAAGAACGUGGAGUGCGCGCGGGUGUACGCAGAGAAUGCCAUCCGUAAGAAGAACGAGGGGCUGAACUGGCUCCGCAUGGCGUCCCGCGUCGACGCCGUCGCCUCCAAGGUGCAGACUGCGGUCACCAUGAAGGGGGUAACGAAGAACAUGGCGCAGGUGACCAAGGCCCUGGACAAGGCCCUGGGCUCCAUGGACCUGCAGAAGGUGUCGGCCGUCAUGGACAAGUUCGAGACGCAGGUCCAGAACCUGGACGUCCACACCUCCGUGAUGGAGGACUCCAUGAGCUCGGCCACCACGCUGACCACGCCCCAGGAGCAGGUGGACGACCUCAUCGUGCAGAUCGCGGAGGAGAGCGGGCUGGAGGUGAUGGACCAGCUGAGCCAGCUGCCCGCUGGGGCCACGUCGCUGGGCGAGGGCUCCUCCCGCACGCAGGAUAAGGAGGACCUGCUCUCCCGCAGACUGGCUGCCUUGCGGAACUGAAGCUCUCUCAUCGGCUGCCACCGCUGAGGAAAGAAGAGAGGAGCUGGGGUUCUAUCACUUUGCCUGUACCACCCUCCAUCCCCCCCUCCCCCCCCUCCCUCCCCUCCCUCCCUUGUUUCCUCUAGAUGAAGCAGGGUGAGAGGAUGUGAUAAGGUGGGGAGGGAGGUACGCCCACCCACCAGCACAUUAAUGCCUGACACACGCCUUCUCACAACGUCCUUUCCUACAUCUCCCUCUCUCAUGCUGUCUUUCCUAGAGGACAACCCUUUUGAAUAUGGAGGAACGAUUAUGAGACGCGUUUUAAAUUGAAAGCUGUAAUCAUUUCGGGAAAGGUGUUUUUUUCCCCUUGGGGCUCUACCGAGGGACAGAUUCAGAGCUGUAGGUCAUACUGUGGAGCCACACGGGUUUUAAAAAUAUAAAUAUGAAUAUAUAUAUGCGUGUAUUUUGCUUUUUUUCUCUCUGAUGAAAUUAGGUCAGGGAAGCGCGUGAGGUUUUGGGUUUUGGGUUUUGGGGGGUGUAAUGACCGUUACUGAGCCUCUUGUGGGUAACAGAGCUGGAGACAUCGCAUACACGUAUCAUGUACAUGUGCACAUCAAAGUACAACACUAACACACACCUGUCUGUGCCCAUGUUUUCACCGCACACACACACACACUCUCAUACACACAUAUACACGCAUGCAGAUACACAGGGAUACAUACUCCCACACACACGCUUGUGUGUCACCCUUCUCUGCACCGUGCGUCUGUCCCCCUCGUCCCUCGGCGCCCCCUGCUGGUCCGCACCUCACGGCGCUCGCGGCUGUCGACGAGACACUGGCUCCCCCCCCCCCCCCACCUCCCGGUUCCAAUUCGUUGAGUGUUCGCGCCUGACCUAUCCUGUUUGAUUACUCAUGCCUUAUCGGGGUGCAGGUCGUUGCCUGUAGGCGCUCUGCUUCAGUGCCUGAGCGAGAUGUUUAGUGGCAGAGGACAGACCUGCGGACGGACGGACGGACAGGGAGACGGACAUCCCGCCGUUUCCGCCGAGGCGCUGUUGCCCUCUCGUCCGGCGUGCCACGCGUCGCUGAGACUGACUUCCUCUGGUUUUCCUCUCUCUCUUCUGAUAUCUCUCUAUGAUUUCAAUAUUUUUUUGUUUGUUUUUUUUUUUUUUUUUGCUCUGGGUGGAUAUUUAUGUUCAGAGUUUUGUUAAAAUUGCUUGGUUUUCUAUGUUUAUAUUCUGAAAAUAAAACCCUCCGUUACCGACA